UGGAUUGGAUUGGGACAAGUGAAGCAAUAUUAUAGGACAAAGGAACAUUAUCUUCAUUACAUAACCGCGUGGAAGUUUCCACCAAUCCAAAAACAUGCACAAAUUUUCCAAUUUCACUCGGCAAACCUCCUCCCUCUCUUUUCCCUGUACUAGAUGCUUAUUUAAGCCCCCUGCAUUUACACGGAUAGGCUCAUUCGAAGCAGAUUAACAAAGGACAAAGGGUACAAAAACUCAAAUACGGUAAGCAACCACAUAUAGCUGCUACCGGUAAUGGAAGUCGCCACGGGUUUUCGCUUCUUUCCCACAGAAGAGGAGUUGGUUUCCUUCUACCUACGCAACCAGUUGGAAGGCAAGAGACAAGAGAUGCACCAUGUUAUCCCAGUCCUCAACAUUUACGAUGUAGAGCCAUGGGACCUUCCACAGCUUGCUGGGGAGGUUUGUAAAGCAGACACAGAGCAAUGGUUUUACUUUACACCAAGACAAGAGAAGGAAGCUCGUGGAGGGAGACCUAACCGAACUACAGCUUCUGGAUACUGGAAGGCAACAGGGUCUCCCAGCUAUGUCUACUCAUCAGAUAACCAAGUGAUAGGAAUGAAGAAAACCAUGGUCUUUUAUAAGGGAAAAGCUCCUUCUGGGAGGAAAACCAAAUGGAAGAUGAAUGAAUAUAGAGCCAUAGAAGCAGUAGCCAACCCAUCAGCUGCUGCUACUCGUAAGUUGAGACACGAAUUCAGUUUGUGUCGAGUCUACGUGGUGUCAGGAAGCUUACGAGCAUUUGAUAGACGCCCGCUAGAAACUGUGCCACGAGGAACACAACUUCAUGACAAUAGGACUACAAUAUCUUCUGAGAGACCCACAAUGAUGGAGAUAAGCUCCUCAGGUACUUCACCUUCCGGAGGAAACCACUCUGAACUCCAAGACAGCAGUGAAGAUGACAUUUGGGAGAUGGUUAAUGAUCUAGAAGAACAUCCUUUAGCAUGGGAACAAGGGAACUGGACCUGAGGGAAGCAAUAUUGGUAGGUAAUUAGCCCUUCUUCUGGCAUGAUAAGAAUUGUAAUACAAAAAACUUGUGCAAAACCUAACUUUAGUAAGUAGCAGAUUUCUUCUUCCCUCUUGUAGGUUAAGGGAACUUGCUAGCAAAUAAGCAAAAUUAAAGAGAUCAUUUAAUGUAAAAUAGGGUUAUUUUUCUGAAGAAACUGAAGCUUGGGAAAAAUCGCACAGUUUUUGCA